CAACUCAAAACCCACACAAUAUCUUGUGUCUUAGUUCCUACACAACAUAGAAGAUGGGAAAUCCUAGCGUGAAUGAUCUCUCUCAAAUCCUCCCUCGUGUCCUUGUCGUCUCUAGACGCACUCUUCGCAAGAACAAAUUCGUCGAUUUCGUUGGUGAGUACCAUCUUGAUCUUAUAGUCGAGAACGGUGCUGUACCGGUGAUUGUACCACGAGUGGCUGGUGUUCACAAGUUGCUAGAGAGCUUCAAGCCUAUCCAUGGAGUUCUUCUCUGUGAAGGAGAAGACAUAGACCCUUCUCUAUACGAGUCUGAAAUAUCAUCCCUUUCACCUCAAGAACUCGACGAGAUUCGGAAAACACAUGCAAGUGAUACAGCUAUCGACAAAGAAAAAGACUCUAUUGAGUUUGCCCUCGCAAAGCUCUGCCUAGAACAGAACAUUCCUUACUUAGGAAUUUGUAGAGGAUCACAGGUUUUGAAUGUUGCUUGUGGUGGAAGUCUUUAUCAAGACUUGGAGAAAGAGGUCACAAUCAAUGUUCCUGAGGAACAUAGAAGAAAUCAUAUAGAUUAUGAUGACUAUGAUGGUUAUAGACAUGAGGUGAAGAUUGUAAAAAACAGCCCUUUGCAUAAAUGGUUCAAAGAUUCUUUAGAUGAAGAAAAGAUGGAGAUCUUGGUCAAUAGUUAUCACCACCAAGGGGUUAAGAGAUUGGCACAAAGAUUUGUGCCAAUGGCUUUUGCUCCUGAUGGAUUGAUCGAAGGGUUUUAUGAUCCUGAUAUGUACAAUCCUGAAGAGGGAAAAUUCCUAAUGGGUUUACAGUUUCAUCCAGAGAGAAUGAGAAAGAAUGGUAGCGAUGAAUUUGAUUUCCCUGGUUGUCCUGUUGCUUAUCAGGAAUUUGCAAAAGCAGUGAUUGCAUGUCAAAAGAAGCUUAAUAGUUCAUUGUCUGUUCCUAAGAAAUUAGAACUCAAUCCAGAAAUGGAGAAAAAAAGAAAGAUACUUGUCAGGAGCUUCUCGCUUGCGAGGUCUAUGUACACUAGAUCAUAUUCGUUGGAUAACCAAUCCAGAGAAUCAGAACUUGACGUUGGAGCUGAGUUUCUUGAGUCAAAUACCGCUCUAAGUGUACAGCAAGAGAUGAGGCUAAAGGAGAUGGGAGCGACGAUGAGGAACGGUGGAUCAUUUACGCAAAAACUUAGGCUUGAUGAAGAGAAGCAGAGGAAGGCAAUGAACAUAAUGAAGAACAUGAACGUUGAGCGACUCUCUGAGCUCAUGGCUUUCUACCACUUGAUGGGGAAGAUCUCUAGUGAGGUGUUGGAGAGAAAGCUUCAUGCCUCAGUCAAUGACCUCAAUCUCACUUCUCAAUGACGUCUCACAAUCGAUAUGAUGAUGAAUGUUUAAAUUUGGCUUUUCAAAUUUUUGUGUGUGUUUAAAGUUACUUUGUGCUUUGGAAAUGUAUUGCAUGAUUUAUGUCAAUAAGCAUACGACUUGCCA